AUGGCGUCACAAUGGCCGGCUAUGCCGCCUAUUCUGGACCAACCUAUUGCCGAAAGCAUCUAUCGUCUUCGCGAAUACACCCGGAAGGUAUCAGCCUAUGCGGGGGACGGAAAGAGGCAAAAGGUCCGAGUUGGGCAGGUCAAAGAGCUAUGUGAUACCUACGACGUUCUCCUAAGCCGAAUCGCCGAAGAGAUGUUCCUCAAAUCGCGCUCAGCAGACACGUUUCAAGAGCAAUUCCGGCAAGCGAUGGAAUCAAACCAACGCACGGCCCUUAUAGGCAUGUUCCCUGCCCUUCCAGCACCAACACCUCCGCCACAGCCAAUACAGCAGUCCCCCGACGCCCCCUCCCCCUCCUUAUCCUCCGCCGACGUGAGCAAAGACCGGAAAGACUUGUUCGUGAAAAUCCGAUGGGACAACUGCACUUCUCCCUACCUCAGCAAGUCGAACUCCCGCGUCGUUAAAGAACUCCAGCAGCUCGUCAAUCAAGGAAGGGAGGGCUGCAAGCCAAUUCAGUUGGAUGCAGUGCGCGUGCAUGGGAGUGGAGAUGUCGAAACCCAUGCCCCUACGGCGUUAGAUAUCGACAGCCUGACCGAAACAUCACCCGCGUGGCUUCCGCGACGCCCCCACGGAGUAAGAGCCCGCAUCAUCCCUAAUAUGUUCUCGAUCAUAAUCCACGGGGUGCCACGAAAGACAUUCUCCCGCAGGAGCUUCGAAACCGGUCAGGCAAAGGAUAUUAUCCUCCAGGCCAGCGCGGCCCGAAUCCCAGAUGCAUGCAUCGUGCAUGUAAGCUGGACCAGUGGCCGCUUUGUAUUAAAGGCCCAAAAACCAAAAGGCUCGCUGAUAGUGGAAUUCCACCGGGCAGCUGACGCAAACAAGCUCCUGCGGGAGCCUUUCAUCCUCAAUGGCACCCCACUCCACACCGAACUCUAUACCCAGGAGGGACAAGUGUCCCAGUGUCAUCGCUCUAACUGCCCACACCAGAAAGACCCUGAGAAGAGAUAUUGCGCGAACCGCGGGGCUAAUCACCCAGCCAACAGCAAAAACUGCCGCUUCCACAUCGAAGCUGUGACCAAAUCACGCCGCGCUGUGGCCCAGAAGCCGAAAUACUUCGAGGAACCACCUGAAAGUCGCCAGCAGGCCUCCCGAUCGACACCACAAGCCCUGCCACCGCCUCAGAUAGCCACAGACUCGGAAAGCGCCACAUCAAACUAUUCCACUACCAAGAAGAGGGGACGCCCGCAAAAGCAGCAACAGGGCCAGCAGAAGAAACAAAGACUCAUCACCCAUCCCCCCACGACCCCAACGCCACUAAUACAGGGCGAAGGCACCGGCCCUACCCGGAAAGCAGUGUCAACAGGCAGAUCAUCCACCCUCGCCCACGACAUCACAGUCGAUGAAAGCGAAUACCAUAGCACAACGUCGAGAGUCCGGUCCCAGGACCUACAGUCAACAGACGACACAGCCUCCAGCCAGAAAUCAACGGAUGAAGCCCUAUCAGGCCCGGAACAGUCCGCAUCCGAACCAGAACUCGGACAGCAACUCCCAUCGUCCCCGCCCCACCCGUCAGACGCGGCAUCUCAGUCCGCUGCCUCGGACUCCGAUAUCCCCCCCGUCCCUUCCCCGCACAGCUCCCCCCGCAAGCGUCGCAGGUCCGCCAGAAUCAGCGAAUCCGAGCCUGAACAGGCGCCGGAGCCGCCUAGCAAGAAGCCCCGGAGGUCCAGCGGCCACCGAUCUCCACCACUAAACCAGAGCCCGAGCAAACACCCAACACAGAGAGCGAAGUGGAACGGGAGGCGCAAAGCGGAGAACAAAUACCGGCAGGCGAAGAACGGACUGUUCGGUAAUAGACGAACCCCACAGACCCCAGCACAAGAGCAACAGCUCCGGGACUAUAUCGACGGAUGGGAAGAUGCCCAGAAAGGGAAAAGGGCAGAAGGGCAGACCCUCGAUUACAGCAAAGGAUGGAAAGACUCCCACCACGCCGCCAACCUCGCCCGAGAGCACGCAGCAGCAGAACUUACCCAGGCCGCAGCGUAA